AUGGCGGCUGCUCAGCUGAAUCUGGAUGAUUACAGCGUUUACAGUCAGCUGACUGAUGAGGAGCUGCUGCAGAUCGCUGUGGAGAGAAGCCUCUCCGACACUCAGCCCGCCGCACCGUCACCGUCACUGUCGGUGCCGGUGCCUCCCGUCCAUCCUGCGUCCAAUCAAAGAAAUCCAAACUCCAGACAGACACGUCCCGACCCCCCCAGAGAACUGGACCGUUUCUAUUCGUCCACACCAGCUGUCCCCAACUCCAUCAACCCUCCAACCGGCCUGUUCCAGCACAUCUACAGAGGCCUGCGCAGAGAGUUCAGUCCUCUGCAGACUCUGAUAAUGAAUGGAGACGUCGAGGCUCUGGAGGACCUGGUGGGACGGCGGUGCGGCAGUCUGACGGAGCCGAACGAUGAAGGCUGGAUCGCUCUUCAUGAAGCUGCUUAUUAUGGACAGCUGCAGUGCAUCAUGGUCCUGCUCCGAGCUCAUCCCGACUUUGUGAACCGAUGCAGUUCGAGGAAUCAGACCGCUCUGCUGCUGGCCGCCAGGCAAGGAAACGUCUCCUGUGUGGAUUUCCUCCUGAAGCACGGCGCCGACCCGAACAUCGCCAACAAGGACAAAGAGACGCCGCUGUUCGCAGCCUGUGAGAAACCGAACGAGGCCGCUGUGGAUCUGCUGCUGAGGUUCGGCGCUCAGGUGAACCGCUGCAGCGUUCAGGGAGUGAGUCCUCUGCACGAAGCCUGCAGAAACGGACACGUGAAACUCUGCAGGACGCUGCUGGAGUCCGGCGCCAAUCUGCACGCCAGGAACAUCUACGGCAUCCAGGCGUUCUUCACCGCUGCUCAGCACGGACAUGGGGACAUCCUGCGCCUGCUCGCCAAGAAAGGUGCAGAUAUAAAUGGACAGGCAGAUGACGGAGCGUCUCCGCUGUAUGAAGCCAGUAAGAAUGGACAUGUCUCUGCCGUGGACGUCCUGCUGUCUCUGAAAGCAGACGCUAACCGAUCCACAAAGUCUGGACUGCUGCCGCUUCACGUGUCUGUCCAAAACAACCACCCACGAAUCAUGUCUCUGCUGAUUCCUGUGACCAGCAGAGUCCGGGUCCGGACCAGUGGGAUCAGUCCUCUGCACAUCGCCGCGGAGAACAACAGAGAUGACGUCAUGGAGCUGCUGAUUGAGUCCGGUUUCGACGUCAACACCCAGCUGUCGGAGGACCGCUCCACAAUGUACGAGGACUGCCGCAGCACGGCGCUCUAUUUCUGCGUCUUCAAUGGGAACCUGGAGGCCGCAGAGAUGCUGCUGGAGGCCGGAGCCAACCCCAACCUGGACGUCUUCAACCCGCUGCUCAUCGCCGUCCGCCUCUGCCGGAUGGACAUGGCGACACUGCUGCUGACGUACGGCGCUGACGUCAACGCUCGGAUGUCCACCCAGACGUCCUCGCUCCCGGCAGCCAUCCUGCUUAGAAUGGAGUCUCUGCCGAUGCUCAAACUGCUGCUGGACAAUGGCUGCGACGCCCGGUCCUGCUUCGACUGUCCCUACGGCCAAAAAACACAUCCGCCCCCCUUGCCGUCAUGCCGUCGCAUUGAAGAAAUGCAGUUCUGUGAGGCCGUCAGCAGCCCGGUGUUCUGCCACAGUGCGGGUCCAAUUGUGUCUCUGCUGCUGGACUAUGCCGGCCCCGUCCAUCUCUGCUCGCAGCUGCUGGACGUCCUGGAGAGACGCAGCGACUGGACGCCAAUUAAACUGAAAGCUCGUCCUCCUGUUCCUCUGAUGCAGCUCUGCAGGUUGCAGAUCAGACGUCUUGUUGGAGUCCGGAGACUCAAACUGCUCCACACUCUGCCACUUCCUGUCAGACUCAUCUGCUUCCUGCAGUAUGACGUUACCUGCUCACUCACCUGAGCUCACCUGACCUCACCUGAGCUCACCUGACCUCACCUGACCUCACCU